UCCAAUUCCAAUCCCUAGGGCUUUCAUCCUCCAGACUUUCCCUUUCCAUUUACUUCGAAUACGCCGUGGUUUCCAUGGAUUUACCGGAAGAUUGCUGGGAAUUGAUCCUGAAUUCCUUGGGCGAUGAGCGCCGCUUCGAACCCGUAUCUUUAGUCUCCCACAAGUUACUUUCCAUCACCAAUAAUCUCCGCCGUAACCUCAAUAUCACUCAACAAGCUCUCCCUCAGAUGUUCAAUCUGCUUCGCCGCUUCCCAAAUCUCAAAAAACUCGAUUUUUCUCAAGUAACCUUGGAUGUGGAUGGCUUUCUUUGCUCAGUUUCAGAACGUGAGAUGGAUCUUGUUUCACUUAAUAUUUCAAACCAGAAGGAAUUUCCCAUAACCGGUCUUCAAGAAUUGGCCUCAAAAAAUAAGAAUUUAAAGGAAUUGGUUUGUUCAAAAAUUGGAUUUUUAAAAGAUGAAGAUGUGAUUGCAAUAGCUGAGUCUUGUCCGGCUCUUGAAGUUCUUGACAUUAGUUAUCCUGAUUAUGAUUGUAGUUUUUUGCCAGAUGGGUCGCAGGAUUAUCGGUCUUGUGAAGGUUUUGUAUCCGAUGCUGGGAUUUAUGCUAUGGCGAUGAAGCUCGAGAGACUGCAAAAGAUUGAUAUUUCUGGUAAUUUUUUCCUUACUGAUAAGUCUCUUGCUUCAAUCACUGCGAAUUGUCGUUUGUUGAGAGAACUUGUGGUUAAUGAUUGUGAUUGCAUUACUGAAUUCGGUAUUGGUGUACUAAUGAGUUGUAGUCGGAAUUUGAGUUCAGUUUCAACGAGUGGAAUUGGAAUUUCUCCUAUUCAUCAAUUUUUUGGUCAACAUUUUGGUGAAGCAAGAAAUUUAUGUGAAAUUGAUCUUUCGAAUUCGUAUUUAUCCGACGAAUUCCUUUGUUCAAUAGCAGAAGCUUCUCUUAAGUUGGAGAAAUUUAGUCUUUCUCAUUGUCAUAAUUAUACAUUUGCUGGAAUCUCGGUAUUGUUGCGAAAGUACCAAUCUCUUGAAUAUUUAAACCUUCAAGCAGCAAAUUUUCUCAUUGAUGAGUCAAUGAUUGAGUUAUCUAAGUUUCUCCAGAGUGUAAUCUCAAUAAACCUUGGUUACUGUUCAAAGCUUACCAAUGCAACAUUCUUUACACUCAUAAGAAACUGUCCUCUGUUGAAUGAAGUAAAAAUGGAGGUUACAAAUCUGGGGAUAGAGGAGUUUACAAAUGAUUUGAAAAUAAACCCUCGAGUCAAGGCUUUGCACUUGGCUGGGAAUGGCAAUUUGAGCGAUGAAUUUCUGAAAAAGGUUGCAUUACUUUGCCCCAGUUUACAAGUUCUUGAUUUGUCCUGCUGUUUGGGAAUAACAGAAGAAGGAAUUGGUGAAAUUUUGAGGAAUUGCAGAGAGGUCAGACAUUUGGAGAUUUACUUUUGUCGACAGUUGAAUAAUCUUGGUAUAGAUUUUGAGCUGCCUAAGUUGGAGGUUUUGCUAGCAUCCGCAUCUGGAUUGAAUGAAGAUGGACUGACAACAAUUGCAAAUAAUUGUGGCCGACUAUUGUAUCUGAAUUUGGAUAAAUGCUUAAAUGUUACCACCAAUGGGGUGGUGAAAGUGGUGGUAAAUUGUAUCUCAUUGAGGGAGAUAAAUUUGAAGUGGUCUAAUGUGAAUGUCGGUAUUGUGGCUUGGAUGGUGUUCACAAGGCCGUCACUAAGGAAAAUAAUCCCACCUGGUGGUUUCACUCCUUCUGAUAACCAGAGGAGCUAUUUCUUCAACCACGGAUGCCUAGUUUGUAAAGGCUAGGCGAGAGUAGAAGCUAUACUUGUUUUCUUUUGGUUAGGUCUUCACAAAGUUGUUGUGAGAGUGUGCAGAUAUGUGGUGAUAGCUACUCCAUUGCCAUUGUGCACUGGAGCUCUUGUAUUUAUUUUUUUCUCCUUUCAUUAUUAUUGUAUCGUUCUGUGCUUACACCCUGAUUAUAUAUUGAGUAAAAUGUUGAACUUGUUAAUUUUC